CUUUCUAUCCGAAUUAUAGUUGUAUCCUAACAUCUUACGGAAAUUGCAGACCUCGCUGAAAAUUUCAAGAUUUCCUCCUACACUCCAAAGAAUCAUUCCGUCUUCACCAAGAAUCUACCAAACCAGUACAUUUUUCUUUCUCUUGGUUUCCUUAUAUCUUAUCCUAAAUCUUGCAAUUCAUUACAUACGCAUUUCCAUUUUCUAUCAUCCUGUGUAAUUUUUCCGAGAAAAUUCACCAAACAUGACCAGCGUGGAAGAUCCAACUCGUCAAAUCAAGGAAAGAGAGUCACUGUGCUUCAAUGAUUUCCCCGAGGACAUUCAGCUCUGUAUCCUCUCAUUUUUGUCGCCGACCGAGAUCUCCAGCUUUGCUUGCACAUCAAAACGUUUCGCUUCGCUCUGUCGAGAUGACAGGAAACUUUGGUGCGCGCUGUGCGAGAGGAGGUGGGGGACGAAGACCCAGAUAGGGAAAUGGGGAAACGGGAGGAUCACUUAUAGGCAACUGUACAGGACCCUCGAGGAAUGGAAGAAUCUGAUUGGCUUUUGGCGCCGGUGCGGUCAGACGAACACAGCAGUUUCGUCUCCGCCUUUGAUCUUCUUCGAAUGGGGACCAUUUUUCCUAUGUGCUUCGAGGGUUUACCCCUCCAAGAACGGAACUUAUCAGGUAAAAACGGCGCCGUUUUUGUGGAUGGGCAUAUCUCCGGACGGCCAAAUCCUGAACUUCCUCGACCUCGACGGCCAGAACAAUUGGUCCGGCGAUGUCGAGGCUUGCUUCAAGUUUGGAAUCUUGGAUGGCAGUUUCGUUCCUGUCAAUGUCAAUUUCAUGGGAAACGGUCAUGUUUUGGUGGAGGAAGACCAUAGCCUUUCCUCGACUUCGCGAGAGGAGAAACGAAUCGGAUUUCGCAGAAGCUCGAGCUUCGGGAACUUGAGAGGAGAGGAAAGCGAAGAUGUCGUUGGCGGGAUUCCCGGAAGCUUGCCAGAGUGUUCGGUGAGUGAAAUGUACACCCAAUUUGCCAACCGGACUAGUCCCGGUAGCGACAGGAGGAGGCAGAGGAGGAAGGAGAAGGGAAGGCAGGGGAGAAGGAAGUGGGAGCCAGAGCAUUUCGUCAAGGUCUCCGAUUGCUCGCCGACCCCAUCAAGGCCUCUGCAAGGUCUUUGGAAGGGACUUUGUGAUGGAACCAAUUUGGAAUUUUAUCUUGUUACUUACGAUGAAGUUGGUGGUGUCAUCUGCCGAAGGAUUGGGGAUUUAUCCUCUUGUUAUUCUCCAGUGUUCUGGACAACGAACUCUACCUUUAUUGAUUCUCCAUUCUCACCAGAGGAAGAAUCUGUGUAUGAUAGUCGAGUCCAUUUCUGCCAACCAGUGGUAGAGGAUCUUGUAGAGGGUCAUCUUCCUUUCCCAGAUUUUGAGGUUGUCUCUCACAUUUUAUACAUCAACUCAAGUUACGAUUUAGUUAUUCCGGGUUUGAGAGAAACUUCAAGCAAUCCCUGGAAUGCAGAAGGGAGGAUUUGGCUGUACAAGAAUGGAACUUUUGGAUUCGGGUUUCUCCGGGACCAUUUUAUUGUAGAUCUAAAACAUAUAGUUAGAGAUGGUUGUCUGCUUGAUGCAAUCCAAAUCUGUAGUGAUUGAUUCCUUCUCAUAAAAGUUUUACUGAUGUGCCAUCAAAACUGAGCUACUUUGGAUCAUGUUAAAAAGUUGAUUAAUAAUGCACAGAUUGAGUGAUUGCGAA